AUGGCUUUUAAGUUUGUGGCCCUCUUCGCACUGAUCGCCGCCGCCAGUGCCGGUGUCCUGCCCGCCGCCCAGGUGUACCAUGCCGCCCCGGUGGCCACCUACGCGGCGCCCGCUCCCGCUGCCGUCCUGAAGACCGUGGCCCAGCCGGUGCUGGCCAAGGCCGACGAGGAGUACGAUCCGCAUCCGCAGUACAAGUACGCCUACGAUGUGCAGGACGCGCUGUCCGGCGACUCCAAGAGCCAGGUGGAGGAGCGCGACGGGGACGUGGUCCGCGGGGAGUACUCCCUGGUCGAUUCCGAUGGCUUCAAGCGCACCGUCCAGUACACCGCCGAUCCCGUCAACGGGUUCAAUGCCGUGGUCAACCGGGAGCCCCUGGUCAAGGCCGUGGUCAAGAGCCCGGCCCCCGUGGCCCCCGUCUACGGCUCCUACCACUGAACUACGCCUGUUUAGAGCCAAUUUGUUGACUUAGUUGUAGGCUUUCAUGCACAAAUUCAU